CAGAAAACCAGAACGAGAGAACGAGAACAAAAAGGAGAAGGAGCAGAGGCAGAUGCAAAAGAAAGCAACAAAGCAGCGACGUCGACGUCGCUGCUGCAGAAUAUGAAAGUUGCGCAUGCGCCAACGUCGACGUCGAUGUUAAAGCUCGGGUCGGCAGCUUGAAAUCAGUUGCGAGGCAGAAGCGCGAGUGUUAAGAACGAAGAACACGUCGAGCGGCUGUUAAAUUCUCUAGAAAAUUAUUUCAAAUAUGUUUGCAAAGACUUUCUCGCUGCUGCUGCUGCUGCUCGGCGCAACGGCAUUGGCGUCGCAGGCGCCCUAUUUGCGAGACAGCACAACCGAGUCGUUGUCCACCAGCAGCAGCCAGAGUCCGAGCCCAAGUCCGAGCCCGGCUGCCAUGCAGGAGGAAUAUUUUCCGGCUGUGGCGCCGCCUCAGGCAGCGGAGGCAGCUUUGAUUGAGCCACAGGUGGGUUCACUGCAGCCGCCACUUGGAGCUGAGGAUGGACUGCGUCGGCGUCUCGUCACCUACGACCAGCGGCAGGAGGGACAGUACAAUAUAAGAGCCGAUCUGGAGAACUUUAUGAUUGUGCUGAUACCGCCCGGUCCUCAGGAGGGUUUGAGCCUGUUGGAUCUACUGACCAAAUCCUCCUUGCGUGGCGCCACAAAGAGCAAUGGCAAGCGUAAACAUGCGGAUGCCUCUGCCCUGAAGUCCUUCUAUCAGCGGCAGCAACAACUGCAGCAACAGCAACAGAUGCCUCAGGCAGCAUUGGGCGUGACUCUGCCCGAGUUUAUUGAGGGACGCACGCCCUACCAUGUGGACAUCUCUGGUGCUAGUGAAGAGCUGCAGCAGCAGCAGCAGCCGCGUUUGCAUCGACAGCAGGUAGAUGUUUUGCCCCCGCAGCUGAUUCCCAUGCCGCAGCUGAUCAAGCCGUAUCAUCUUGAGGCGGAAGCAGAGCUCAUCCAGGCAUUGCCACCUGUACCCGCCAGUGCCAGCAGCAGCGCUGGCAACAAUCUGCUGGAGGGCUUUAACCAGGCGGGAUCCCAGUACUAUCGCCAUUCACGCUCCCUGCGUGGUGACAGCUUUUUGGAUACCAAUCGCUUGACGCCUGAGCCCGUCGCCCGGUCCAAUGCACGCUCCAUCAGUGUUCCACUUUAUCGCAGCGAUGUCGCCCGGGCCAACGUAUUGUAUCCACCUAUCGAUGUGCCCGCCUACAUUGUGAAUGAGGCACAUCCGCGCAACUGGCAGCUGGACGAUGAGCCCACACCCAUACUGCCCAAGCACUUGGUUGAUGCGGAUGUGCUAAGCUUCCAGCUGCUUGGCGAUGCUCUGGCCAACUCCAAGACGCUCUUGCGCGACGGACAGGCACUAUGUGCGCCGGGACAACGGCGUGACAGCUACGGCGCCUGUCGCCAGGUCGAGGGCUACUGAGACUGAGUUACUUUCCAGACUGCUAAGCAAAAGCGAAUAUAUUAGGCUAAAUAUGACGAUAAAUGCGAUUUUUUACAAAGCAUUAGAUUUAAGCUACAAACAUAUACACAAUACAAUAAACAAACAGAAAAUUGAAAUUCAAA